UUACGCGAUCGAACUUCGACGCUUCGAGACUCUGACUACCGCUGUGAAACCCUCCUCCCUCUCUCUCUCUCUCUCUCACACACACACUUACCACAGACGACGACCACUCUCUCUCUUCACAUCAUAGACCUUCAUCGCUGUGAAACCCCAGAAGACUCUCAUUCAUCUCCACCCUCUUCAAAACCAGGGGCAAUGUAUUUUCGUUUUGGUCACUUUCCAUCCGAGCUUUUGGGACUAUUUGAAAAGCUUGUCCAACAAGAUUGAGAACAUACUAGGCCCUUUGCUGCAGUGGUUAUUUUGUCAUACUUUAAAAAUCCUGACUUUCGUGUAUACAAAAUGGCUCUAACUCUUGAAGAUGGGAACUCAUUGUUCAACUUUGUUGUUCGGGAUGGCAAUGGCGUCAAAGGCCUGGUGGACUCAGGCCUUUCGAAGGUGCCCAUGCGAUACAUGCAACCACCACAUGAGCGAAUUGACAAGUCGAAUUCCUAUUCGUGUGAGCAACCACCCAUUGAUUUAUCGGAGCUUGACGGACCAAACCAUGACAAAGUGGUAGAUGCCAUAGCUCUAGCUGCUGAGACGGUUGGGUUCUUCCAAGUGGUGAACCACGGUGUGCCUGUGGAAUUGUUGGAGUCACUUAAGGAGGCAGCCCACCGGUUCUUUGGUCAGCCACCGGAGAAGAAGGCUGUCUAUCUUAAAGGAGUGAGCCCCAGCCCCUUUGUGAAGUAUGGGACGAGCUUUGUGCCCGAGAAAGAGAAGGCUUUGGAGUGGAAGGACUAUGUUAGCAUGGUGUACAACACUGAUGCUGAUGCUCUUCAACACUGGCCUAAUGAGUGCAAAGAAGUGGCACUUGAGUACCUAAAGACAUCUUCCAGAAUAGUGAGAAAGAUAUUGGAGGCAUUAAUGGAACAUCUUCAGGUGACACUAGGCGAUUCAAGAAUCGAUGCACUCACCGGUUAUAGGACAGUUAACAUGAACUUUUACCCGGCAUGCCCUAAUCCAGAGCUUACUGUCGGUGUGGGGAGACACUCGGACUUGGGCACCAUAACGGUUUUACUUCAAGAUGGGAUAGGUGGUUUGUAUGUGAAUGUGGAAGAAGACGGUGGAGAGAAAAAGGGAGACUGGAUAGAAAUUCCACCCAUACCAGGUGCUUUGGUCAUCAAUAUUGGUGAUACAUUACAGAUACUGAGCAAUGGGAGGUAUAGAAGUGCUGAACAUAGGGUGCGUACCACAAGCACACAAUCAAGAGUGUCAAUCCCAUUAUUCACAAUCCCACGACCAACGGAGAAGGUUGGACCGCUUCCCGAGGUGGUGGAGCGUGAUGGAGUGUUGCGGUACCGGGAGGUGGUUUUUGAGGAUUACAUUAACGGGUUCUUUGGAAACCCUCAUGAAGGAAAGAAGUCCCUUGAUUUUUCUAGGAUCAGUUCCCCUUGAUCAAUAGAUUUAAGUGUGUUUCAUUUCCUAGUCUCUUUACUCUCUUAGUCUGUGCAACACCAGUUUUAAAUUUCGUGUGAAAUAUGGCUAUUCCUACCAAUAUCUUGUGAAAAAAUAACUCCUCUACUUUGAAUUAAAUUGUAGGUUUGAUCUAAAGUUUAUAUAAUAAAGUUGAUGUUUGUAUCAGUGUAUAAUUGGAUUUGGACCUUUGGUUACAACUUACAA